AUGGCUAGACGUCCAUACAAGAAAAGAUCAGCAUCAUCAGCGUCGAAAUCCUCCACAACAACGAAAGCAGCAUCGAAGACCUUCCGCCAAAAUGCCCAUCAACUGAGCGGCAUCCCGCGCUAUAACUCGACGAAGUAUCAACCCCAGUCAGCUACACUCAAAAAUUUCCCUUCGUCGAUUGUGAAUGGCGUGACGCGCGAAGGUGGGCUUUAUUCGUUAACGCUCAAGUCCAUCAACUGUGAGAGCUACGUUGAGAUGGAGACGAAUAUGCGUCGCGCAGUGUUCAAUUGCAACGUUGACACACCGCGGAUUUCCACUGUCGAUAUGCUGAAAUUCCAGCGUGAUGAUGUUGAUGUUGAUGUUGAGGACGAGGGGGUAAGGUCCAGGAUUGAGAGGCUCAAGGCUGUCAACUCGGAGAUCUCGGCGUUGAGUCGACUAUAUGAUGAGACGAUCCAUCAUCAUCACCAUCAUCAGAAUGGAGGCGAUGAUGCGGGGAUCGAGAAGUUGGGAGUGAGGGUCGUGGGGCACGAGUACGUUAUUCGGCGCGACGUUGCGGUGCGGGGGUUGAAAGUCGACUGCGCCAAAGACGAGAUCCCGCUUGACGAGCCCGUGAAUGAGGAAAGCACCGCACAACCACAGCAACAACAACAGCAACCACAAGAAGAAGCGGGACUCGCAAUGGAGACGGACGCCGUGUCUGAACCGGUGGCGGAUACCGGGAAAAUUGAAGAUGGCAAUGAUGAAGCUGGAGAUGGGGUGGUGGUGACGCAGCUGGGAUCCGGUGAAACUGCGGAGUUGCCACCGGCUCAAGUUCAAGAUACACCUGUGCCUGUGCCUGCGCCUGCGUUGCCCGGUGGCACUACAAUGGAAUUGCAUGAGGUCCAAGCUGUCUCCACAAGCGAUGCACCCACCCCCGCGAAUCCAUCGGUUGAGGCUGUCCCUGUUCCCGAAGACGCGACAUCAUACACCGUUCCUUUCAUCGCGCUCGAAGGAGCAGAGCCCGCGCCACGUCCCGCUGAUGAGCCCAUGAACCCCUGA